AUUAAUCACGUGCUUUAAUUGACAAUGACAAUAAUCAUAUGACAUUUGGGUGAGGUGUUUUUAUCUCGUGAGCUUGUUAUUCUCAAUAUCAUUAAAAAAUUAAGCACACAUCAUGAAGGGCUGUAUUUUUAACAUCGACAAUGGCUACUUGGAAGGAUUAUGUCGUGGAUUCAAAUGCGGAAUUCUCAAACAAUCAGACUAUCUUAAUUUGGUUCAAUGCGAAAGCCUUGAAGAUUUAAAAUUGCAUUUACAAGGAACUGAUUAUGGUACAUUUUUGGCCAAUGAACCCUCACCUUUGUCAGUAUCAACUAUCGAUUUGAGACUCAGGGAAAAAUUGGUAAUUGAGUUUCAACAUAUGCGAAAUCAAGCAGUGGAGCCUCUGUCCACUUUCAUGGACUUUAUUACGUACAGUUACAUGAUAGAUAAUAUUAUACUCUUAAUUACAGGAACUCUUCAUCAACGACCAAUUGGUGAGUUAAUUCCAAAAUGUCACCCUUUAGGUAGUUUUGAACAAAUGGAAGCUAUCCAUGUCGCUGCUACUCCAGCUGAAUUAUAUAAUGCAGUCUUAGUAGAUACUCCACUUGCUCCAUUUUUUGUUGAUUGUAUUAGUGAACAAGAUUUAGACGAGAUGAAUAUUGAAAUAAUAAGAAAUACAUUGUACAAAGCAUAUUUAGAAGCAUUCUAUGCUUUCUGCAAAGAAAUCGGAGGUACUACAGCUGAUUGUAUGUGCGAAAUCUUAGCAUUUGAAGCCGAUAGACGUGCAAUAAUUAUAACUAUUAACUCAUUUGGUACCGAAUUGAGUAAAGAUGAUCGUGCUAAAUUGUAUCCUCGUUGCGGUAGACUCCAUCCUGACGGAUUAGCCGCGCUCGUUAGAGCUGAAGAUUACGAUCAAGUAAAAGCUGUAGCUGAAUAUUAUGCGGAAUAUUCCAAACUUUUUGAAGGCGCCGGAAAUAAUCCCGGAGAUAAAACUUUAGAAGAUAAAUUCUUCGAGUAUGAAGUUCGUCUUAAUAUCAAUGCUUUCAUGCAACAAUUUCACUUUGGAGUUUUUUAUUCUUAUUUGAAAUUGAAGGAACAGGAAUGCAGAAAUAUUGUUUGGAUCGCUGAGUGUGUCGCACAGAAACACAGGGCUAAAAUUGAUAAUUACAUUCCGAUAUUUUAAAAAAUUUCCAUUCCAUUUAAUCAGUUUUGAACUUUAUAGUGUUAACUAAAAAGAAAAUGUAGAAACAUGCGGGAGUUUCAUUUUAUUUCUCAUAAUAUAAUGAUAUAUCAUGGGUCGAAUAUUCUAAUUAUAAAAGAUGUAAAAUUUGCCAUCAAAUAUUUUUAAAAAAUUGAAUUAAUUUUGUUGAGAGUGAAAUACAGGGAAGAAAGUAGAUCAUAGUUUAAGUUUUUUAAUGAAUCAUCAUUAAUUCUCAGCUCAAAUAGUGUCAGAAGUCAAAAAAAAACACACUAUGGAGUAAUAAGCGUUUGAAAUUACUGCAAUGGCAACUAUUUACUUGAUGUAAUUUGAGAAAAGAUUUUCAAAUUUUUUGAGAUAUUUUUGAGUUAUGACACUAUAUGAGAGGAGGUGCGAUAUGUUUUUCUAUAUUUUAAAAACAUUUUCACCUAUUUCAUAAAUUAAAAUAACGUAUUAUUACAAUUUUUCAUAAUUUUUAAAAAUAAAAAUUGUACAAAUCUACCCAUCCCAUGUAAUGUAUCUUCGGGCUAACCAAUGAUGGUUGAACAUAUUCUUUGUAUUGAAAUAUUAAAACUACUUUAUAAAAAACUAUUUAUUAUGCAAGAAAAUAAUUAAUUAAUCGAUUACGGCACUCGACGAAUACCAAAACAUCACACCCUAGUUAUUCUCCUCAAAAUAUUCAAAAUUUUAUCUAUACGCUGGAAAAGGAGCUAAGGGUAAUAACCGAUUGAGCCCGGCUCAAGUUUUAGAAGUAUUUGAAUUUUGUAAAAAAGACAAUUAAUUCUAUAGCAUUUGGGAGUUCAUUUUUUAGCUAAAUUUAGCGUUGAUUUCAAUGCUGAUAGAACAAUAAUGAAAAAAUAACCGUUUUGCGACAUUGAAAUGCUGAUAUAAUAUUCGACUCAUGUUUUUAUUAUUUUUUUUUUGGAUUUAUCUAUUUAAUCUUGAUGAUUUCGAGCUCCCCUCAUCUUGUGUGUCACUGUCUAGAAUAAAUCUAGUUUUAACCUAAAUAUUUAACUUAAAUAUAAUUUAUGAUUGAUAUAUAUAUAUACAAUAUAUUUUAUUGAAAGCACUUCCCCCAAUUACAUUUUUUGAAAUAUUGUUAGUAAAAGUCUUUAUUGAGUCGAAUUCGUGAUUUAUUUCAAAAGAUAUUGUAAAAAAAACUUAUUAAAAUGCUAUUCUUCUUGUUUAUGUAUAAAAUAAAUAUAUUAUGUACAUCAAACAAA